AGCAUAUAUAAAAAUGUGGUCUCUUGUUGUGUGGGAAGAGGAUGGUAAUUUCAUGGAAGAUGUAACUCCACAUGUUUGGGUUGAAGGUGAUGUGCUUUGAUGGCCACCCAAGGGUCUUUCAGCUGACCGUGCCUCAUCAAAAAAAAUGGUACCAAAAGAUGAUUGGAGGCGCUACUCCAUUAUGAAAAUCAAAUUAACACAUUCUGACAAGCAAGAAUGCAUGACUUGCAACUACACUACAGCAGCUGAUAGUGGCAAUGACGAAAAUGCAGUUGAAGAAAACAGUGAUCUGAGCGUGUCUUUACCACAACCACCCUCACGUUUUAACUCAAGUGGAAAAGAACGCAAAAAGUGCAAUGCAAAAAGGCCUGUUCUUUCUUCUGAUUCGGAAAGUGAUGAUAGUGAAGUACGCCACAAGUUACCUGGAAAACAAAACAAACCUAAUUUUGAUAUAUCUGCAGUAAGCGUGUCUGAUGAUGGUUCAGAAGAUAAGGAAUUUAUUCCUAUGUCAAAUACAAGUUUUCAACGCUCAGUUCUUUCUUUUCAACAAAACGUUGUUCGAUGGAUGCGCAACAACAGGUGCUGCAGUGGGAACAGUUUAAUUAGCAGUCCAAUUAACUGUUUUUUGGUUAAUGAUACGGACGUGAUCACCACUAUCAAUGAGUAUAUGGAAUUUGAACAAAAUCUAUUGGAUGACUCGUUUCUAUCUGUAAAAGUAAAUUAUUAACAACUUUUAUAUCUUAAUAAUAAAUAAUAGGGGGUGUGAUAAAUGGAGGGG